UCGAGAGGCGUGCCCUGGUCCCUGGCUCAGGACCCGGCCCCGCGCCGCCCCUCCAGACUCGGACUCGAGGCUCCAAGCGGCCCGAGAUGAACGACGAGGGCUCCUUCCUUAUGGCUGAGAUCAUUUACUAUAGCCAGGAAAAGUACUUCCACCAUAUGCAGCAGGCUGCAGCUGUGGGCCUGAGGAAAUUCAGCAAUGACCCUGUGUUGCAGUUCUUUAAAGCCUAUGGAGUCCUCAUGGAAGAGCGCACCCAGGAUGCCAUCAGUGACCUGGAGAGCAUCCGAUGUCACCCAGACGUGUCCUUGUGCUCCACCAUAGCCCUCAUUUUGGCUCACAAAUCUUGUGAAGUCAUCGACCGAGAAGCAAUUCGGGAGCUAGAGUGCAGCCUGAAGGAAAUACGCAAGACUGCCAGUAGGACUGCCCUGUAUUAUGCUGGCCUGUUCCUCUGGCUCACAGGCUGCCAUGACAAGGCCAAGGAGUACACUGACCACAUGCUGAAAGUCUUCAGAAGCUUCCGAGAGGGCUAUGUGCUCAAAGGCUGGAUGGACCUCACCUCAGACAAGCCCCACACUGUGAAGAAAGCCAUAAAGUACCUGGAGCAAGGAAUUCAGGACACCAAAGAUGUGCUGGGGCUGAUGGGAAAGGCAAAGUAUCUCAUGAUGCAGCAGAGCUACUCCGAGGCCCUGGAGGUGGUAAACCAGAUCACCGUGGCCUCAGGAAGCUUCCUGCCAGCCUUUGUUCUGAAGAUGCGGUUGUUCUUGGCUCAGCAGAACUGGGAACAAACAGUAGAAAUGGGAUACAGAAUCCUAGAAAAAGAUGGAAGCAAUAUUGAUGCCUGCCAAAUUCUAACUGUGUAUGAGCUUGUAAGAGAAGGAAACAUGACCACAGCUACUAAUCACGUUAGAAAUCUGAUUAAGGCACUUGAGAUGACAGAGCCCCAAAAUCCAAGCCUCCAUCUUAAAAAAAUUCUUGUGGUUAGCAGACUGUGUGGGAGGCAUCAGGCGAUUCUACAGCUGGUGUGUAGCUUCAUGGAGCGCACCUUCAUGGCUAAACCCUCCCAUGCCCACAUGGCCACAGAACUGGGCUAUCUCUUCAUCCUGCAGAACCAAGUGAAGGAGGCCUCGCUGUGGUACUCAGAGGCCAUGAAACUGGACAAGGGUGGCAUGGUUGCUUUGACAGGAAUCAUCUGGUGCCAGAUCUUAGAAGGCCACCUGGAGGAGGCUGAGCAACAGCUGGAAUUCCUGAAGGAGGUGCAACAGUCCCUUGGGAGGUCUGAGGUGCUGGUUUUUCUCCAAGCUCUUCUGGCAUCCAGGAAGAACAAAGGAGAGCAAGAGGUCACGGCGUUGCUGCAGAAAGCAGUGGAGCUUCACUUCUCUGGCAUGCAGGGCCUCCCCCUGGGCUUGGAGUACUUUGAAAAGCUGGACCCCUACUUCCUGGUCUACAUUGUCCUGGAGUUCUUGCUCUUCUGCCCCAAGCAGCCCCGGUUACCAGGCCAGAUCCUGUCUCCACUUCUUAAACAAGUCGCCAUGAUCUUGCAUCUUGUAGUCAAAGUAGCACCAGCUCUGACGGACCCUCUGUAUGUGAUGGCUCAGGUCAAGUAUCUCUCAGGAGAGCUAGAGAAAGCCCAGAGUGCCCUGCUGCGUUGCCUGGAGCUGGACCCCACCUCCGUGGACGCCCACCUCCUCAUGUCCCAGAUCUACUUGGUUCAGGGCAACAUUGCCAUGUGCUUUCACUGCUUAGAGGUGGGAGUGAGCCACAACUUCCAGGUCCGAGAUCUCCCCCUCUACCACUUCAUCAAGGCCAGGGCCCUCAACAAGGCGGGGAACUACCCAGAGGCCAUAAAGACGCUGAAAAUGGUCAUAAAAUCGCCAACUCUAAAGAAGGAAGAAAGCAAGAAGUUCCACGGGCCCUCUGUGCGGCCCACUGAGCGGGCAUCCAUCUUACUGGAACUGGUAGACGCUCUCCGGUUGAAUGGGGAGCUGCACGAGGCCACCAAGGUCAUGCAGGAUGCCAUCAAUGAGUUCAGCGGCACACCAGAGGAAAUUCGAGUCACCAUCGCCAACGUGGACUUGGCCCUGAGCAAGGGCAAUGUGGACAUGGCGCUGACCAUGCUGCGGAGCAUCACGCCCAAGCAGCCCUGCUACACAGAGGCCAUGGAGAAGAUGGCCAGCAUCUACCUGCAGACCCGUAAAGACAUCCGCCUCUACAUCGGAUGCUACCAUGAACUCUGUGAAAAUCUGCCUGGCCCCCACACCAGCCUGCUACUGGGUGAUGCUUUCAUGGAAAUUCAGGAGCCCGAGAAGGCCCUGGAGGUCUAUGACAAAGUCUGUAGAAAGAACCCGCAUGAUGCCUCCCUGGCCAGCAGGAUGGGACAAGCUUAUGUGAAGACCCACCAGUACACCAAGGCAAUUAAUUAUUAUGAGGCCGCCCAGAAGAUUAGAGGACAGGACUUUCUGUGCUGUGAGCUGGCCGAACUACUCCUGAAGUUAAAGAAGUUCAACAAAGCAGAAAAAGUGUUGAAGCAGGCACUGGAGCAUGACUUUGGGAAUGAAAUCCCACCCAUGAUAAAUGAUGUUAAGUGCUUACUUUUGCUGGCAAAGGUUUACAAGCACCAUAAAAAAGAAGAAGUGAUGGAAACUUUGAACAAGGCCUUGGACCUUCAGUCUUGGAUACUGAAGCGGGUGCCACUGGAGCAACCAGAAAUGAUCUCCUCCCAGAAGCAACUGGCAUGCUCCAUCUGCAUACAGUUUGGGGACCACUACCUGGCAGAGAAAGAGUAUGACAAGGCUGCGUGCUCUUAUAAAGAGGCCCUCUCCCACUGGCCCAUCGACAAUAAGGUGGUGCUGAAACUGGCACGGCUCUACCUGCUCCAGGGACAUCUGGAUCUGUGUGAGGAGCAGUGUGCCAUCCUCCUGCAGACUGAGCAGAACCUUGAGACUGUGUCCAUGAUGAUGGCUGAUCUGAUGUUUAGAAAACAGAACUGUGACGGAGCCAUUAAACUCUGCCACCAAGUCCUGGAGAAAGCGCCAGACAACUUUUUGGUAUUGAAUAAAUUAAUCGAUCUGCUCCGAAGAAGUGGGAGACUUGAAGACGCUCCUGCCCUCUUUAAAUCGGCUGAGAAGGUGUCCCGCUGGGUGCCCUUGGAGCCAGGAUUCAACUACUGCAGAGGCAUCUACUGCUGGCACACCUGGCAGCCCAAUGAAGCCUUGAGGUUCCUAAACAAAGCGCGCAUGGACAAAACUUGGGGCCAGAGCGCCACCUACCAUAUGGUGCAGAUCUGUCUGAACCCAGACAAGGAGACUGUGGGCGGAGAGGUUUUUGAGAACCUGGUGGCUGAGAGCAAGUGCGGGCCCGCGGGGGACAGGGGCGGAACCCGGGGGGAUGCCCUGCUGGCUUUGGCACAGGCCUACAUGAUCCUGAAGCAGACUCCCAAGGCGCGCACGCAGCUGAAGCGACUGGCCAAGGUCCCGUGGGCUCUGGCCGAGGCCGACGACCUGGAGAAGAGCUGGCUCCUGCUGGCCGACAUCUACUGCCAGGGCGGCAAGUUCGACCUGGCCUGGGAGCUGCUGCAGCGCUGCGUGUUGUACAACAAGUCCUGCUGCAAGGCCUAUGAGUACAUGGGCUUCAUCAUGGAGAAGGAGCAGUCCUACAGGGAUGCAGCCACCAACUACGAGCUAGCUUGGAAGUGUAGUCAUCAGGCCAACCCUGCCAUCGGUUUCAAACUUGCUUUUAACUACUUGAAGGACAAGAAAUUUGUGGAGGCCAUCGAAAUCUGCCACAAUGUCCUCCAGGAAUACCCUAACUACCCCAAGAUCAGAGAGGAAGUUUUGAAAAAGGCCCAAAAGUCCCUAAAGCCCUAACUGUGGUCAGAGGGGCCUGGGCCAGCAGAAGCUAUCAACCUUUUAAAGUUGUGUAGAGGGGUAAGAAGUGGGGUCAGUGGAGAAGGGAUUCAGAAAAUGACAUAUUCUUUCCCAUU